UGUAAUGGAAAUAGAGAGUGAAGAUAUAAAUUCUCUCUAAAUAUCUGAUUUAACUCUCAAAGAAAGAGUCAAUCAAAACAAAACAAUUUAGAGUGUUCUAGAUGUAGAGAAGAUAUAUGAUUAUCUGAACCUAUCAGAUUCCCCUUAGGAAAGAGAUUGCUCAUGUGAUAUGUUUUAGGAUAUUAAUAAGAUAACAACUAAAAAGGACAACUUCAUCAUAAAAAAAAAUGAUCUUAUAUAAUAUCAAUGUGGAUAUUGUCAAAAGCUUUUUUCUUAUUCUUAUAGUCUUGGAGGACAUAUUCAAAAACUCCAUAAAAAAGAGAAGAAUUAGAAGGCCAGUCUUCCAUCAAUAAUAUUGAGAAAAAGACCUAUUAGAUAUUGCUAACAUUGA